AUGAGCUCCGCCGACUUCGUUCCGCAUCCUGAUGGCAUUAGUCCACUAUACGUGACCUUCAUUAUUGAAGCGUCAGUCAUGACCGGCGUGUCUACAUUGUGUGUCCUUCUUCGUUUUAUCCAGCGGCACUCGACCGAGUAUGGCUGGGACGAUUGGUGUAUCCUGGGAGCUCUCGUUUUUGCAUAUGGCUUCCUAGCUACCACGGUCUUGGUCGCUACACUCGCCCACGCUGGCUAUCAUAUCACAGGCUAUACCAUCCCUGAGCUUGAGACUUACAUGAAGGCCACGGUGGUUCCCCAGAUCGCUCUCGCGAAUAAUACCAUCUACAAUGCAAGCAUCUUUCUCUCCAAGGCGUCUGUGCUGUUCUUCUACAACCGGAUCUUCAGCAUCGAGAAAAUGCAAAAGCUCCAGCUGCGCAUUAUUGGCGCCGUCUGCUUUGGUCACUUUCUCUCGGCAGUCUGCGGCCUCAUCUUUGCCUACAACCCGAUCCACGCACAAUGGACACUCACAAUACCGUCAACCAGUAUCAACCAGAAGCCAUUUUGGUGCGCGAGCGGGGUGAUCAAUAUUGUCCUGGAUCUAAUCAUACUCGCCAUCCCGCAGGCGCGAGUGUGGCGGCUACAGCUGUCGAGCCGGAAGAAAAUCCUCCUCUCGUUGGUUUUCCUACUGGGCGGAUUUGUGGUAGUCGCAAGCAUAGUACGAAUCGUAUAUAUGCUCACCAUCGAUGUUGCGGACCUCACGUACACGUUCGCCGUCCCUGGAAUUUGGACCAACGUAGAGACAAACACCUCGAUUAUCUGCGCAUGCCUCCCGACCGUCUACAGCCUAUUCGCCCAGAACGGGAAAAAGCAUGCCAAGAAGGUCUCGACAAGCCUGCUCGGUUCAUCGGGAUUCUCGAGUGGCCGCGACCGCUCUGCCAUUUCAGGGUUCAAGUCGGCCAAGGGUAGCAAGGAAAAUGAGUGGCAGACUUCGCAGAUCUCAAUGCAGAAUAUGUCGAUGCAUCAUAGUUCACACUACGUGCGGAUUGAGUCGGAUGUGAUGGCUCAGAAUCAAGACAGGCAAGCCAACCACUCCGCAAUGGCACCUCCCCAGAUGCGGAGAGAGUUUGAAGUCUCAAGCACACAGCGCUGA